GCCCGUCCGUCCACCGUGCCCCCGAUCGCCUUCUUCCUCCCCCCCCUCGAAUUUUUCUGCUUGCUCUCCCCUUCUCCUGCGUUGCACUCUUCGUCUGUCAGUCUGUGCCUUACCGUUAACCUUCCUGCCACCCCCGGCACCGCGGUAAAGCAGACAACGAAGCACAGCGACUGCCGCGUUACGACAGGGCCUCAAUUCGCCGGAUCCAUCGACUGCGACGGACGGGAGACGACCUCAGCUACCGGUGCUGUGCGCCCACAAACGACGGUGUGCCCCACGCCCUCCUCGCCGCUCGACCUCGUCGUUGCUGCUUGAACCGCUGCGGCCCCCCUCCUCGUCUCUGUUCGGUCUGUCCUCAAAUCACACCUGACGCACGUCCAUUACGUUGUCGACGCUGCGAGCCGACCGAUCAGAACAUCACAAGGAGAGCCUGGCCCGCAACACCGGCAUUGAAGUGGGAACAAGGCCAGGGCUCUGCUGCUCCGGGGGCGCGAGAGCCGGUAUAUCGCCUGUCAGAAGGCUCGGCACGCUCCCUCGCCUGCCGCUGUGGUCGUGUAGGGCAUUCUCGUAGCCUUGACUGGCUUUCACGAGAGGGUUUCCCGUUUCCGCCGCGUCACGGCGCCGUGUCCAUUGCCUCUUGGACGGGUUGUUUUCGUCUCGUCACGAUUGUCUUUCCGAGGACCUGACGUUCGAUCUCUUGCGCUACCACUUGCCUUCACAGGCCGUGAUUAUUAGGCUCUGGAGUAAAGGCCUUGUACGAAAUACAGUGCUGCGCAAUAUCUGUCGUGCACGCAUCCCACGCGCUGCUUCCUCGUUGCGUUUUGCUACAGUACCAGGACAAGAAUCGUCCGUCACUAAUUCGUAGGUUUCUCGACGUGGCACUGAAAGCCGCAUAAUAAUUUUCUCUCAGUCGCGAGCCAGCCGGCAUACCUUCUCCAAGCCUCGGGACGCCUCUGCCUGCCCUGCACUUGGUCUUGCUCAUACUCUCUUUGCUUCCUCUUGCCGGUCCAGUGCGACCAAGGGGUCCGCGAUCCACAGAUCCACGGGCCACGUUUACGAGCAAGCACAGGUACGACAAGGCCCAGAGGGCAGUUGCCACUAGCGCGUGUUUUGGUUGAGCCCUGCCACUGCCAUUGCCACUGCCACUGCCACCACUGGGCUGUCAGUCACUGCCCGCUGUCCCUCCGCCCGCGACCACGCUGUACCCGACGCUUGCGUGUGCGUGCAUUGCACCUCGAAGCCGCAUCCAGCACCGCACCGCACCGCACCGGCACCGUGCCGUCAAUCAUCCAUCAAGCAUCCAUCCAUCCCACUGCUUGUCCUACGAAUCCCCAGAUAAUUUCCCACCCGUCCAUCCCGGCCAUUUCAGCUCGCGGUCCACUGGACCUCUUACGAGUACAUACUACAACUACGCAAGCUCGCACACUGGUAACAACCUUACGGACUAAUCGGCCACGAUCCGCUGGGAUAUCCGCUCGUUCGUCGACUGCCCAGCGCUGCCGAAACACUCCCCCCCUUGCCUGGCCAACCAACUGCCGCGACCCGACAGACACUCACUCACUCACGCCUUGCCCCCCCCCCCCCCCCCCCCCUGGCCACGCGCUGCGUGCCCGUCUGGCUCUGGGGCCCGCAACAACGUCGAAUCACACCCCCCCUCCCCCCUCCAACGACUCCGCUUGUCGGGCUGCCUCCGGCGAUCCGGCGUGCGCGCGCAGUGCUCAGGAACCAGGAUUUCCAGGGCAUUUGCACACCCCUCCACCCGCCAAUCCCACUGCUCCCGUUGCUUGACUCGACGCAGAACCCGCCUUCGUCCUCUUCAGCUUGACUUGCAACGCUGCCUCGAGAACGCACACACACACCAGCACGCACCCUCGCACGCCCACCACGCCCACCACGCCCACCACGCCCGGCUCGCGCAUCCACGCAACGUCCCUUGACACGGCACGUUGCCAACCCCCGGCCCAGCUGCACCCAGCGACGGUCCUCAUUCAGCCACAGCGAGCCUCUCCCGCUCCUCGCGUCGUGGGACUGGGUGACGAGAUCAUCGCCAGGAGCCGCUACCGCAACGACUCCAGCACACACAUCGCUCUCGGCUUGCUCGCUAUACCACAUUGGGGGCCGUGACAAACCAUGGCACCCAUGACGCCCCGUCUCAAGAUUCUAUCAGUCGGCGGCAAUCCCGUCUCUGCCUUCUUGUCGUGGCGCCUCCAGGCUACCAACGCCUGCGAUGUUACUCUUGUCUGGAAAUCGGGCUUCGAGCAUGUCGCCCAGUACGGCAUCUCUUUCAAGUCUCCGAUCUUUGGCAACGAGCGGUUCAAGCCUCGCCAUGUCGUCCGAAAUCCCGAAGAUGCAUCAACAAAUCGAGACGGUCCGUUCGAUUAUGUAGUGCUUUGCGUCAAAGCGCUCCCCGACGUGUACGAUCUCGCCGCCGUGAUUGACGCCGUCGUCACACCCCAACACACCUGCAUCCUCAUCAACACCACACACACACUCGGCGUCGAAGCAGCAAUCGAAGAGCGAUUCCCUACCAACGUCGUACUUUCCCUCGUUUCCGGCGCCGAACUGACACAGCUUGGCCAGAGCGAGUUUGAACACAGGGGCUCGACAGAGAUUUGGGUCGGCCCUGCCAACCGCAACAGCAACAUCCCGCAGUCAAUACAGGAAGACAUGGCUCAGGCGCUAGCAAUGACACUGAGCACCGGUCAAGUCGAUUGCAAAGUCUCACCCAACAUACGUCAACAGCAGUAUGAAAGGGUGAUCGGGCCCAUUGCAUUUCACCCGAUAAGCGUCCUGUUCGAAACAUCAAACCACGCGGCGCUAAUGGAGAAGGUCGGGGUCAAGGACAUGGUAUCCGACGUCAUCGACGAGUUGUUACGCCUCGCCGAAGCAAACGGCUGCAAGUUUCCCUUUGACUUCAAGCCACGGACCAUGGACGAGAUGACGAAGCCUAAUUUACCGGAGAGCAUCAUGUGGCAGGACUACGUGGCGCGACGGCCAAUGGAGAUCGAGACGUAUCUUGGAUCUCCUAUUAAGCUGGCUCGCGACUCUAAGGUUGCUGUACCGAGGAUCGAAACACUCUACGCUAUCCUGCACAACUUGAACAUUGUCAACAGGAACAGACCAAAGCCUGGGGAAGGCGCGCCGCCAUCGAUGCCACCUGGGUCGCCUACAGUGGCCCCUCCGUUGCCGCGGAUGCCGUCGCAACAAGGUCAUCGUCCCAUGCCGGGCCCGAUGCCCAAUGGCAACGGCAUGCCCCGACCGCCCCGACCGAGGACCUCUUCAAGCUACAGCCAGGCUGGGAUGCGCCGCGGACCUCCUCCCAUGAAUGGUGGGCCACCCAAUGGCUACCCUCGCCCGCCGCCAUCGGUCAAUGGUGGCUCCCGCGCUCCCUCUCGGCGUGGUUCAAUGGACGGCAAUGAUCUCGAGGAGUUCUCGCAUCUUGUUCUCUAUGACGAUAUCCCAGAAGGCCAAGAGCCUUCACUAGGUGAUUCGGACAUGGCCCUCCGUGAGAGGGAGCUGCAAAUCCGUCAAAGGGAGUUGGCGCUCAGGGAACAGGAAAUGCGGAUGAGGCGCGGGCCUCCCCCGGGUUCCCGGCGCGGCCCGCACCCAAUGCGCAAUAGCCAGCAAGUUUUUGACGACGAUGACGACGACGACGACUUUUUCGAUCCAACAGCCCAUACCGGCACCCCAACCAUCGACCCCGAUAAUUUCGACAUGAUGAGCGUCACGUCGAGGAAGAACCGCAAAGCGCUGGGGCCAUCGGCUGCCCAAUUCCGCCGCAACCCGGAACUCGACGGGCCUGCCCCUUCCCGGGGAAGCCGGUUCCGGCCAAACUUUGGGCGCAACCGCUCGAGCCAAAUCAAUCAUGCGCCCACGAUGAAUGAGAACAUAUUGGACGACCCCAUGAUGGGGUUCACGUCCAACCGUUACGCGACUGUUGAUCGUGGGGCUAUGGGCGCAGGGUCCCGUGCAAACUCACUAACGGCCUCGAGGCUAGAUGAGCUUCAGUACGGGCCAGGUCCUGGCGGCCCGCCUGGCAUGAACGGUGCCUAUCCCAGGCGAGCCAGUCAGUCCCCCGGGAAUCCGUACAGCCCAUCAGUCCGCGGUAGCGGCAGGCCUUCACCACCAAACGGCUACGGUCCCCCGAUGAAUGGGCGUCCUUCACCUCCUGAAGGCGUCAGACAGCCAGUUCCACGAUAUCCCCCCGGCCAAGGAAACUCUGUUGCUCCGCAGCAAGUAGAGCAGCACAUAGGGCGCGGCCAGUGGUGAAAUCGAUUCCGAGCGGUCGGCACACAGCAGCCAGAGUAGUCUUCAGCACGGGCCGCCGCCAGGGACUCGAUAAAUCCUGGCUUUCGAGCGUCUGCCCUGAGGUGUAUCAGCACGUCCAGCGGCCAGAAUGCUCCCUAGCGGUUCUUGAAGGUGAACCAUUCGGCGACCCGAAUCUCACGAAUCAACAUCGAUGGUGCCAGCUGGUUCAUUGCCAGCAAUACGACAUAAACUCCCCGCAUGUCCGUGGUCUACUCCAUCCAUCAUCAUCACCAGCGGUUGUCCGAAACCCGCUCCGGCGCAGCGUGGGCUGAAGGGGCGGCAGACUCGGCCUAGAUCGGUGAAGAAUUCUCGCCGCAUCUAUACAGCUCGAUCGACUUGGUUUAAUCCCGUACAUAGGCAUGGAACCACAAGGACAUCGGCGAACAUGAUGCGCUUGCGCAUUGGGCCCGUUUCCCUGUUCUCGCUUUCACUUGGCAUAUAAUUGUUUAUCGGUUCUAGCGAAUUGGAAUGGGCAUUACUUGGUCUCGGCGACACGGCUUCAACUCAUCUGUUAGGAGCACCAGGGUGCGGCAAGCGAUUUGACGUGCAGCAAUUGCGAGGAGCAGGGCCAAGCGGCGGCUGGCGAACAAGGGAGAGGCAGGGAGGAUGAUGCAAUGCAUGGCACGACUACACUAGUGGGUCGUGCGGUGACUGCAAAGUCUUCGCCAGGGUUUUGCCUCCCUAGUAUGUCGGAUGUCGUCUACACGGGGUGCGCUCAGCGACAUCGAUCAUUGCGAACUUAUGCGGAUCCCCGACGGUGGCGCGAACAGCAACAUAGACAUGGAUGGUCUCUCUUUUCUGUUUUCUUAUCUUUGUUUUACGUCAAAUUCGUCCCCUUGUCCUUAUAGCUAUUCUGUCUGAUCAAGGGGGGACGCAAGACCGCGCUUGCCUCCGGGUAUUGGGGAACUCUUUGAGGGAGAUUGAAGGCUGCGUGUGGCCCUUCACCCUGAAAACAAAAUAUGAUGAAAGGGACCUUCGAGCUUAGCUGGAAUGCUUGAAUAAUAUGUAGUUGAACACAAUACAGGCAUAGAGGACG